CUCAGCGGAAUGACGUCUGCGUUAGGUCCCGGUAUAAACACGGGUGGUCCGGUGUCCUCGCCGUUAUCGUCCGCCUUCAGCGCCUUUAACACGUACAGACCGGAGUCCUGUGUGUCCGGACGGACCCAGCAGACUGAAACCGACCCGGUCCUGCCGGACGUUUCCACAGUUCCCCCUCGUAGGAGCAGUUUUACAAGAAACUACGCAGUUCAGGCACAGGGCGGGAGUCCCACCGGGUUAGCGGCACUGAUUACCCGUCCCGUCAGCAGCCCUGACUCCUGACCCGCUGGUUUCGGUUUUGUCCGGCUCUCACUGGGAACAGAGGCGCCAUGGAGCUUUGGUGGAGCCUUUCCCGGAGCUCCGACACCGUGAGGUAACCGGAGCGGGAUCGGAGAGCCUCUCACAGCGGACGGCAGCAACCUGUUGCUGGUUCCCGGUGACGCAGAGAGGAUGAGCGGCGCCGCCGGACCGCCGCUGCCGCUGGUGCUGCUACUGCUAGGCGGCCGUGCGGCGUUCACGGUCUGCAGGUCCCUGAACGCACCGCAGGAUGGUGGCAUUCUGCCUGUGGAGGUCCAGAUGGAUGAUGCUCUGAGCGGUGUGGACAGACUGAGACGUCCCUUCCUGGAGAAAACUCGUCCCUUCGUCCUGGUGGAUGGACAGAGACGGAGUCUGGCUGAAGCUGUCCAGGAUGGUCACCCCGACAGGCUGCAGUGUGGGCUGGAGGUGGAAGGACGGCUCCUCCUGCUGGACCUGGAGAAGAACCACAACCUGCUGCCCAAACUUCCCGACAUCUUCUUCUAUCUCACCAAUGGCACUGGAGUGUCUGCAGCCAACCCUGUGACUCACUGUUAUUAUCACGGCAGCGUCCGAGGAUUCCCGCAGUCCAGAGUGGCUCUGAGCACCUGCUCCGGACUCCGCGGCGUUCUCGUUCUCAACUCCUCCCUGAGCUUUGAGCUGCAGCCGGAGGACAAGGAACACCUCCAGCAUCAGGAGGAGGACAGAGCAGGAGGAGGAGAGGAGGAAGAUGUUCAUCUGCUGUUCUCUACCAGCCCUCUGGAGGGCACUGCCGCUGCAGGCUGUGGGGUGUCGCACACAUCUACCCCUCCUUUCCUCAACUGGACCCACUCACGGCGGACGAAGAGGGACAUCCUCUCUGAGACCAAAUACGUGGAGCUGGUGUUGGUGGCCGAUCAUCAGGAGUUCCUGAACUACCAGAGGAACAACAAAACCAUCAUCUACCGCAUGCUGGACGUGGCCAACCAGGUGGACUGGUUCUACCGGCCACUGAACGUCCGGGUGGCUCUGACCGGCCUGGAGAUCUGGAGCGACCGCGACAAGAUCCAGGUAGAGAAGAGUCCCACUGACACCCUCAACAAGUUCCUGGAGUGGAGAACCAGGGACCUGCUGCCGCGACUUCGCCAUGACAACGCCCAGCUCAUCAUGGGCGAGUCUUUUGACGGCACCACAGUGGGGAUGGCGUCCCAGUCGUCCAUGUGUUCCAGAGAGCGAUCCGGAGGCGUUAACGUGGAUCACCUGGUCAGUGUUUUGGGUGUGGCCUCCACCAUUGCCCACGAACUCGGUCACAACCUGGGGAUGAGACACGACUCGCCCGAACGCCGCUGCUCCUGCGAAAAUGAGCCACGCCUUGGAGGAUGCAUCAUGGAGCCAUCAACCGGGUUCAUGCCUGGUCAGCAGUUCAGCAGCUGCAGCGCCUCAGAUCUGUCCGUCAGCCUGCUGCACGGCGGCGGCAUGUGUUUGUUCAAUGUGCCGCAGCCCGACCGCCUGCUGGGAGGACCUCGCUGUGGAAACCUGUACGUGGAGAAAGGAGAGGAGUGCGACUGCGGCCUGCUGGAGAUUGGUCAGGAGUGUGAUGACCCGUGCUGUAAUGCCUCCACCUGUCAGCUGGUUCCUGGAGCUCAGUGCUCCUCAUACGGUAUCUGCUGUGAGGACUGUAAGCUGCGCGCGGCGGGAUCGGUGUGCCGUGAGCCGCUCGGAGAGUGCGAUCUGCCUGAGUAUUGCACAGGCUCCUCCCCCUACUGCCCCCCCAAUGUCUUCCUGCAGAAUGGAGAGGCCUGCCAGAACAGCGCCUCCUACUGCUUUGGAGGAGUCUGUGCCAACAUGGACACCCAGUGCCAGAUGCUGUGGGGAACCAACGCCAGCAGCGCUCCAGCUGUGUGCUUCUCAUCAGUCAACAAACAGGGAAACAAAUAUGGAAACUGUGGUCAGCUGACCAAUGGCUCCUACGUCCCCUGUGCAAACUCAGACGUUCUCUGUGGGAGGAUCCAGUGUCAGGGCGGGACAGAGCGCCCCCUGCUGGGCAGCAUCGCCCAGAUCCUCACUGUCCGCUUCAACAACAGCGACCUGGUCUGCAGAGGAACCUUCUUCCAUCUGGAUGAUGACGUGUCCGACCCGGCAACUGUGGCCAAGGGCACGGCCUGUGGGUCCGGCAAGGCUUGUUUAAAUCAGAAAUGCCAGGAUGUGUCUGUGUUCGGUGUGGACGAAUGUCGCAGGAAGUGCAGCGGUCACGGGGUGUGUAACAGUAAUAAGAACUGUCACUGCGAUGUGGGCUGGGCUCCACCUGACUGCAGGUACUCUGGUCACGGAGGCAGUGUGGACAGCGGACCGGCCAGAGCUGCUGCAGAAUCUGAUCCCGUCCGGGUUGCCCUGCUCGUCAUAUUCUUCUUCGUUCUGCCCAUGGUCCUACUCUUCCUCGCUCUCCGCUUCCCUCGUUUCCGUCGGACCCUCUGCUGCCUUGGACCGAACAGCCCGUUCCACAAAGCCCGGCAGCACAACCGUGUGACUGACUGUGAGAUGUGGGAUUUGGAGUUUGAACCCGCCCACGUCUCCAGGACUCCGGUGAUGGAGCGGGUCGACAGCAGGAACGGAGAGCAGGUCCGACCUCUGAGAUACCACUUGAACCCGCAGUCCGACAUCCCGCUGACUUCGUCCCAGAAAGAGGUUCAUGACAGGCCAGCUCCUCCCACUAAGCCCCUCCCCCCUGACCCCACCCUAACACCCCUGCAGCAGUUGGGUCAACCGCGACCAGCUGCCCCCACCAAGCCUCUGCCCCCUGACCCCCCCACCCCCAGCAACCAGCCCCAGGUGAGUCGACCAGCUCCACCCAACAAGCCCCUCCCCCCUGACCCUGUCACACCUGGACAGGUUUCUGUUCCACUCAAGCCUAUAGUACCCAAAAAGCCCCGCCCUCCAGCUCCGCCCACUCAACUGUUCCUGCCGCCUCAGACGGGCUACGUCUCCAACAGCAAGCCAGCAGCACUGGGAGCUGUCGCACCUGCAGCCAGUCCCAGCAGGCGACCUCCUCUUCGUCCAAGUCGACCACCGGUUCCACCCAAAUUUGAGUCGUCGCCUCCACUUUAACCUCAGAGCGGCUCCGAGUGGCUGAAGGUGGAGAAGAUGAAGGUGAACAUCUGGUGACUCCCGUCAUCCUUGUGCACUCAGUUGUCGGAGUCUGCAGAAACUCCACCUGGAAACCGACUGCAUCUCCGUGCCUUGCUCAGCAGCGUCUCUGCACAGAUGAUGCAAACAUUUGGGAUUCAAACCAGCAACUGCUGCUGCUGCUAGUCGUCCUGUAGCGCCCCCCUGCUGGCAUCAUGGGAUUCAGUGCCUUGCUCAGGGACCCAUUGGACAGAAAUCAAACCUGGGAUCAAAGUUGAGACUUCAGUGUUGGAGCAGAAAUGUUUGAUUUCGCCUGAGACGCGAGGAACCGUCACCACAUUUAUCUGGACAUCUUCUGAGGAACCAUCAGAUGUUCCUGAUAACUCCUGAUUCACACCAGAGACAAACGUCUUUGUUUUACGUGUUGAAGGAAACCUGUUCUGAGAUGUUUCCCUCCAACGAUCCAAAAUAUUUGUAGUUCAAGUCUUAUAAAAAAUGUUCUGAUCUGAGGGAGUCGACUCUUAUAGGAAUAAAAUAUCCAACACACCA